CCUCCUACUCAUCCAUCUUUCUUAUCCAAGGAACUCGUCACAAUGUAUACAAGCCGACCACACACUCUCUCUGAGUCUCUGAUCAGUGCCUGCCAGCCUUUCAUUCACUUUUAUCUACGCGCUCCUUCCAGUUCUGCACUGACUCUCCCACGCACAUAUCCCACUCUAAUAUUCGUCUGCCAGGUUCGGCACAUUCCUCCCUCCAGCUCCAUCGAAAAUCUUUCUAAUGCUGCACUCGGAAAUGAGCUUGUACCCGCACAGCUAUUCAUAACCAGUCGGCGGGUCAAUGCGAUGAUCUUUGUUUCAUCACCCACUCGGACGAUUCCAUGCCGCGCUGACUUCGGUUUCGCGGCAUGGCCUUCACCAUUUUAUUUUAUUAGUCCUGCCUCCAACAUUUCUCACUGCAACACAAUCAAUCGCAACCAGUAAAUCUUACCAUUAAAUUCGGUAUCAGUCUAGAAUAUAUUGAGUCAUCGACUAGCUGCGACACAGACACUGAGUAAUGCCAAGUAUAUC